GCUUGUUUCUUCGCGUCUCGGGAAAUACUAUAUUCAUAUAAAAACGGUUGUGCCCACCACAGAGCAUCAUUACACUUCAAGCUUACUUCAAGCAACGUUAUCCCCGAAUUGUUUCUUUCAAGUGUCGGUAACCUUUGCUUAAAAUAAAUACUAUUUACAUUUUAUAUUGUGGAAUAUUUAUAACAGUUUUAAAAGCAAAAUGGAUUACAAAUUCGGAGUAGCACUUUUCGUCAGCGCCAUCAUCUGCACAGCCCAGGCGUUGCCGCCCUGCACGUGCACAAGGAACUACCUCCCCAUCUGCGGGUCCAAUGGGGAGACCUACAGCAACCAGUGUCUACUAGACUGCGCCAGGUACAACACCCACCAGGACAUCACCGUCGUCAAACAAGGACCUUGUGAGGGUGAACAACAGGCUGUCGUCGUCGGUGAAGAAUGCGUGUGCCCAUUCAACUACCUCCCAGUGUGCGGUUCUGACGGCUCAACCUACCCCAACCAGUGCAGCCUGGACUGCAAGAAAAAGCACUUCCCUGGCCUUGCCCUGCGUCACGCUGGUGCCUGCGUCGAAGCCACUGAGGCUCCCCUCUGUGUCUGCACCAGGGAGAAGAAGCCAGUUUGUGGUAGCAACGGUAACACCUACGCCAACGACUGCCUCCUCAACUGCGCCACCAUCCAGGACAACACCCUCAGCAUCGCCCACUACGGUCCUUGUGAGGACAAAGUCAAGAUCGUUGACCACAUUCAACUCUAUUUGGCUGUUUUAGUGGGUUAUAAUGAGUUGAUGAAAAAGAUGAAGUGGUCUUUCGGAUUAUUGUUGGUGCUGGGUGUACACUCUAUACUGGCCGACAAUGAAGACCCAUACGUACAAAGUAAUGAACCAAAUGAAGAUGAAGGAAGAGACGGCGGUGACGACUGUGACUGUCCUGAAAUGAAAAGGCUGCUGUGUGGCACUGACGGGGUGACGUACUUCAACCUUUGCAAGCUCCUUUGUGCCAGCAUAAUCAUCACCGCAUCAGUACUGCUGGCGGUACUACCAGGGAUCAACAGUUCUUGCACAAGUUUCUCAGCCCUGGCCGAACCCUGUGGUUGCACCAUCUCGAAAGAAAACUUCGACCCUUUAUGCGGUUCCGACGGCGGAACCUACAUGAACGAAUGCUUCUUAGAGUGCGAAAAGACAAUAAGUCGUGUCGAUAUUAAAGUUAGCCAUAAAGGAGUAUGCCAGCCUGACUCGCGGUGCUCCUGCCACGCCAGAUACGAACCUAUGUGUGCCACGAACGGAGUCACGUACUCCAACGAAUGUGUCUUGGAAUGCAACAGGAAAAAGGAUUCUUCAAUCAGUAUGAGUCAUAAAGGAGAGUGCCCGGGUGGCGGAAAUUCACGGUUCAUAUCAAGAACUGUAUUAAAGACGUGUACUUGCAACCCGGCGAGCGGUCCGAUCUGCGCUACAAAUGGCGUCACCUAUCCCAAUUACUGUGUGAUGCGCUGCGAUUCCGAAGCCUUGAACGACAAGUCCAUAGACUUCGACCACUGGGGAGUAUGCAGCUCUAGAGAACACCAGAAUUAUAAAGACCCUAAGAACUGCAAAGGAAAGCAAUCAAACGGAAAUGAUAAUCGGUUGAAUUAUGAAAACAAUCAACAAGGUAAACCAAAGAGAAUAUGUGAUUGCCCUCUCAACUCGAUAAGUUAUUAUUUCCGAUGCGGGAGCACUAAUCGGGACAGUUGCGUUUGCGCAACAGAAGAGCCUAAGUCACAGGAUCUCAAGAACAUUUGUAAUAACAAGGACGACUCAAACGAUCAUGUAAAUAUGAAAGAACCACAGGGUUCUAAAAGUCGUUGCACAUGCGCGGCGGUGCACAAACCAGUCUGUGCAAGCGAUCACAACACAUAUGCCAACGUAUGCGUGUUACAUUGCCAUGCUAAGAAGGACUCUAGCAUUAAAUUCCUGAAGAUGGGUGAUUGUUCCGGCAGCGACCCACGGCUGGUAACGAGAUAUGGUAAUGACGACUCAAUACUCCGUAUGCUACACUUCCGCAGGGCACACCAUCGUCGGAACAACAACCAACGAUGGCUCCGUCACUGAUACAUUGAAGAAUUAAAACAA